UCAUAUUUCAUGGUUAUGUCAAGUACAUAUCAACUGUGAAGUUGUUUCGCUCAGUUUUAUGCGCUUACCCACCUUAUACAUGUGUGUUAGUGACCUGUUAAUUUAAAUAAAUAAUUUAUUUACACGCCGAUAAAGAUCCACGACCACAUUCGGGUGCUUUGCGAUGACGUCGGCGAGUAGUACAAGCGCUCGCUCGCUGUUCGCCGAUUCGAAAAUGCGCCUCGCUGAUCGUGUACAGGUAAAUGUGAAUUAUGUCGCCUCGUUGGUACGACAAAUAGUCAGAGGAUCAAAAUCUAACGAGAUAUUGAUGCACACAGCAAGAAACUUUGCGCUACAAGAACAUGCCAUUGAGAACACUGACAACAACCUGAAGAAGCUCAAUGCACUUCUGGAGACAUUGAACACUCAUCAGGACAACUUGCUAAGGUCUUGUCAGCAGAUUGAGGAGGUUAAGGAACAAGUCCAUGCAAUGCAAAGAUAAUUUAUAAAGAUAACAGGUUAUAAACUGCAUUUUAUAGGUUUAUAGUUGCAGUUUACUCUAUAGACUUUAGUAUUUGUCCUGUGGAUGAAUGAGUGUAAUGCUUAAGGUUGUUUUUGUUGUGAAUUAUUUGUUCUGAGUUAUCUUUUGUUUGACUGGCGCGUAAAUACGACGUCAUCAGCGACGCCCCUCAUGAUAAAGGACGCGAUAACGCAUUUACUAGUUGUGAGUUGAUAGCAGGUUUUAUAUUUAGUCUCAUUGUGAUAAACACUACAGCAAAAUGUGUGGUUGAUUGUAGUGUGCUUUAAGAUUUUCACGUAAGUUUUUAUACUUUAAAUGUACAUAAAUUUGUGUUGCAAUAUGUAAUUGAAUAUUUGUGAAAAGUAAGUUUUUCUGGUUAUAACAGUUAAACAAUGAAUAUUUCUACUGAGGACUAGUUUAUUUAAGAACUGAGUGUUCUGUUAGGUGCAAAUUUGGUUGCAUGUUGACCAGUUUGUAGUUUUAUUACAGGACAAAGUGAUAGUAAUCAAUUUGUUAAAGAAAAAGUCAUCAGAGAUCUAAUUUGAUACUAUUAUUGUAUUUUUUUGUUAAAUCUUGUUGAGUGGAUUAAUGAAUAUGUUAUUUUAAGGUUAGAUUUUGAGGUAACAUUAAAAAAAAUUGUUUCAUCUAUAAAAAGUUUAUAGCUUGCAUUCUAAAGCCGCUGGAAGCAUUUAAAACUUACUAUGCUCAGUAGACAGACAGUUAAUUUCACAUAGAACCGUUUUUGAGUAUUCCUAGUGUUGCUCCUAAUGAAAAAACCUACAAUAACUUAAAUACUUUAUAAAAAAACCUCAAAAAAAAAUGAUUUAAAAAAUGUGUUUGUAAGAAGUUUCGCGUCGUAAUUAAAUGUUUUCAAUGCUUUUCUACUUAUCUAAGUCAAAAUAUUGAUGAAUACACUGUUAGAGUACAUGUAUUCAGUACCAAUAAGUUCUUUUAUGUCAACGUGCUUGAACUCCAACAAAACAAAACUAAAGGUCAUUGCAAAUUUCAAAA